AAAAGUCUGCGUUUUCGGCAUCUUCAUGUGUAGCUCGUAAUCUACAAAGGCCUGAACUGUACUGGGAGCAGGCGUAUCCUCUGCACGAGCGCCGAGACGCCCUCCUAUUCGGCUCCAAACCUUUUCCAGGCAUUGUGGAUCCUCCUCUGUCGUUCAUUCACAGCGUUACGACUCGGUCAUCUGACGGUGUGGAUCGCGAGAUAGUCUUCUCCCCGGAGAAUGAAGCCCGAAUCGAGUCCAUGAUAGACUCGUAUAAGAGUGGAAAUAGUCUUCUGCUAAGUCUGACUGUGCACGUCCACAUUGCCUUCGUAUCUAGCGCGCAUGCGCAUCUCCCGUACAGUUCACGCCCAAUACGCAUCCUGCGCUUCGCCACAUCCGCCUACAACGUCAACUUUAUCUAUCCUUAUCGUGUGACUCGGUCUACGUACAUUUCUCACUUGCCCAAUCCUUCAGACGUUUGGAAAGCAUUCAAUCCAGCAUUGUGCAAGGCGCACGAACUCCCAAAGCUUAUAUUACUUCGAGAUUGCGUACUCGAUGAAAAUCCGCGGCCCCUCCCCACAGUGAAUGAGCGGACUAGGUUGCAUAACUCAAAUUCCCCGUCCUCCCCGUUGUCAAGUAGUGCACCCAGGCGCCGGGGGGGAAGUUAUGAUUCCGAGGUCCUUGACACGUUUGCGCGUUAUCGAUUUGACAUCGGUGCCGUCGAUUAUCGUGGCCACUUCGAUUGUUCCUAUUCGGCUUGGUUUGUAAGACGCGUUGGCACUUUGACGCAUGAAAGUGAUUAUUCGGUUAAGGAGGAACCUAUGUGAUAACGAUUUUCCGCUUGACUUCCAACUCUAUCCCAAGAAGCGUUCGCUUCCACAUAUCCAACUCACAACUGAUACCCCAAUCAUUCACCGUGAUGAGGAUACAGCAUAUAUCGUAAUCGCCUCCUCCAUCCAAUAGUAUUCCCGUUAGAGCUUGCUGCGGUACUUCAUGCCUUCAUGAUUUCCAAUGAACAAACACAACGGGCAUGGCUCGCGGAAAGGCGACCCGUUUCAGGGUCAUCAACACCUUCAAAUUCAA